AUGGCUUUAGAGGCAGAGUACUCUGCAUUUAAGGAAAAGGUCAGACGAACAGUAUACCUUGAUCACCUUUCUCCACAUCAGGUUACUGAAACGGUUGUCAGAAAAGCUAUCUCUCAGUUUGGGACAGUUAAAAAUGUUCAAUUCAUUCCAAAUUACUUGGCAACAAAGAACAUCCCCGUUUCUGCAUUGAUGGAGAUGGAGAACCCGAGGCAGGCUAAUGCUAUUGUCUCAGAAAUAUCUCACAGGCCUUUUAUGGUUGGUGGAAUGCCCUGGCCUUUGAGGGCACGUGAAGCGAAACUUGAGAUGUUUGAGGAUCGUCCUGCAAAGCCUGGUAGAAAGAUAGAGUUCCGUUGGGUGGAGACAAAGGAUCCUGACUUUGAAGUGGCAAAUAAAUUCAAGCAGCUUGCUAAGGAUCAUGCUCUUGAUGUUGACAUUGCGCUCAAUCAACAGUUGGAGGAUGAAGAGAAGCUUGCAGAGAGGCAGCAAGUAGCCCUCAAGGUGAAUCAUGAGAAGUAUGAAAUGAUAUAUGGCGUGAUAACAGAUGGCACAGCAUUAUCACAUUCCAGUUGCAGAUGA